AUGGAGACGAUUUUGUAAACAAAUUAUCUAGCGGUGUGCGUCAGUUGUAAACAAUUGUCGGAAACUAUUUCGGCAGCAGACGCUGUUCAUGGAACGCUGCUGCGGCCGAGUGAGUGAUGACGUUUCAAAAAUGGGCGGGGCUUAGAACCUGCGGCCGGCCGCAGCGGCCGCACACUUCAUGAACAGGGCUCAGGGUAGAGCGUGUUUUGUGUGUGCACGUUGCGCGAGUGGGCCGGUGUCUAUAUAGUGGAAAAUGGACUCUGAAUUAGAAAUAGAUGGAAAGGCGCUUUCAUCACUGCGCGUGAUUGAUUUAAAGGAUGAAUUGGACAAAAGAAAUUUGUCGAAAUCUGGAACGAAGAAAGAGCUACUGGAGCGUUUGCGCUCGUAUGUCCACCUCGAAAAAGAGCGAGAACGGAAUGCCAGCAGUGAAGAUGACCAGGCCCCAAACAUCAGUAUGAGGAACGAGGGCGCGCUGGCUGGCAACGACUUCAUCAAGCAGUACCUGGAGAAGCAGCAGGCGCAGCUCAUCCAACAGCGUGAGGCCAGACGCAAGGUGGAAGGUGAGCAGUCGCAGUCGGAGAGCGCCGACAGCCAGGGAGAGGAGGAGCAGGAGUCGACGCCGGCCGCCAAAGGAGAUUCGCCCGAGUCCCGCGACCAGUCGUUUAAGAAACCAGAAUCGGAGGAGAAGGCGCCUCCGUCUCCGGCGCCGAGCCGCCGCUCGCGGCGCCACACGGCCUCGGUGGACUCUGCCGACGGCGAGGAGACGCCGGAGCGGCGCCGCAGUCGGCGCUCGGGCGGCCGCGUCUCGGUCAGCCAGCAGAGCGGCGACAGCGACACUGAGGUGCCGCCCGCUGAGCCGGACGGGACCGGGGAGGGACCCCAGGCGGUGACCGACGGAGACAAGACGGCCGGGGGUGAGGAGGAACAGACGGAGAAGGAAGUAAAAGAAACCCGAAAAGAAGCUGAACCAAAGAAGGAUGAGGGUAAAACCAAAGAGACUGAGGAAGAGAAGGAGUCUGAUAAAGAAGACAACACUGAGGCUGAGCGGAAAGGAAAGGGCAAAGAGGAGAAAGAUGAAACUAAGGUUAAGGAACCGAAACUGAAGGAAGUGGAAGAGACAGAUAAACGAGAGAAGAAAGCCAAGGACGUGUCUGAAAAGAAAAAGGAGAGUGACCGUCACCGCGAAGAAGACAAAGAGGCCAGAAGAGAGCGUAAGGAAGAGGAACGAAGACAAAGAAAAAGAGAGGAAGAAAAGAAAGAGGCCGAAAGGAAAGAACGAAAAGAAAUGGAACGAAAGAGGGACGAAGAAAAGGAGGCUCAGAGGAAGGAAAGGAAAGAGGCCGAACGAAGGGAGAGGAAGGAAGCUGAGCGGAAGAAGGAAAGCGAAAAAGAAUCUGAAAGGAAAGCCAAGAAGGAAGAGAGGAAAGAGCACGAGCGGAAGGAGCGUAAAGAGGCAGAGCGGAGGAAGGAGGAAGAGAAGAGGGAACGAAAAGAGGCCGAGAGAAAGAAGGCGGACGAUAAGGAAUCGGACAGGAAAGGACACCGCCGAUCGAAGUCGAUCGACGCCGAUGAUAAGCGUUCCGACAAGUCUGAAGGAAAGCACACAGAGAAAAGCUCGGACGACAGAACUGAUUCCAAAAAGUCGUCUAGCAACGACAAGCAUGAUGACAACGAGCCUGCUGAUUCCUCAGAGGCAAAGCGGGACAAGUCUCCCGCAUCCAAGGAACCUCACUCUCCGGAUCGCGAUUCAAAGCGCGAAUCAGGUGAUCGUAAGAGGCGUGACUCAGGUGAUCGUAAGAGGCGUGGAUCAGGUGAUCGUAAGGAGCACGAGGCAGGUGAUCGUAAAGAGCGUGAUUCAGGCGAGCGUAAGAAGCGCGAUUCAAGCGAUCGUAAAGAACGCAAUACGGACGAGCGCAAAGAGCGCGAGCGGGAGAAAGGCGAGCGUAAGAAACACGAUUCAGGCGAGCGUAAGAAGGGCGAUUCAGCCGAUCAUAAGGAGCGCGAAGGUGAGGCGGAAGAUAGUAAGGAGCGUGAGCGCGAAUCAGGCGAUCGUAAAGAGCGUGAGCGAGAGGCGGGCGACAGCAAAGAACAUGCGCGGGAGCCAGUGGACCAUAAGAAGCGCGAUUCAAGCGAUCGUAAAGAGCGCGAGGUGGACGAGCGCAAGGAGCGUGAGCGCGAGAAGGGUGAUCGUAAGAAGCACGACUCGGGCGAUCGUAAGGAGCACGACUCGGGCGAUCGUAAGAAGCACGACUCGGGCGAUCGUAAGAAGCACGACUCGGGCGAUCGUAAGAAGCACGACUCGGGCGAUCGUAAGGAGCGCGAGCGGCACCGGUCGGGCUCGGGCGCGCCGUCCGAUGGUCGCCGUUCCCGUCACGACUCCUCCGAGCGGCGCGGGCGGCGCGACUCCGGCGAGCGGCCUCCGUCGGCGGAGGAGAUGGUUCUGGAGGACGGAGAGUGGAGGGAAGCCGCCGCCUUCUGGAGCUCCGACGCGCCGGCUCAGAACGACGGCGAAGCUGUCACUAAAGCGGCCGCUUCUGAGGCUGACGGUGACAAAAAGAAGCCGGAACAGGGUGCAGAGGAUACUUCUAAGAAGGAAUCCUCACGGGAACAAGAAGAAGCACAGCCUCUCAAGAAGGAAGAGAAGCGAAAACUCAAACUGAAACGGAACUCCAGCACCGGAGACAAAAAAGAGUCUGUCAGCAAGUCUGAUGACACGGCACCAGUCUCGAGGCGCGAGGGGAGUCCAAGGAAGAGGAGCCGCCGUGACAGGUCGGCCUCCAGCAGUGACUCGGAGCGUGGUCGGGGCAGGGAGCGGCGCCGCUCGCCCGUCCAGGCGCCCCCAGCCGCCCCGGAGCCGGAGACUCAGCCGGAGCGGACCCCGGAGAAGCAGCCGGAGUCGACAGAGACGUCGGCGCCCGCCGCGGGCCCGGCGCCCACCUUCCGCAGACUCGUCUCCCUGAAGCGGGACCGGCGACGGCCCGAGGACGGCGGCGAGGCUGCUCCCGGCGAGAAGCGGCGCCGACGCUGGGGCGCGGCGCGACCGGACGGCGACAAAAAGCCAGUCAGCAUAUCGACAGAUUCACUCAGGGACCUGGUGCCGGACGUGCGGCCCCUCUCGGAGGAGGCCGUCCGACUCGAGUCGGAGUCGGAGGAGGAGGGAGAGCGCCGAGACGACUCGCCCACCGGCAGUCGCUCGCCCUCUCCCGCCGCGGAGACCGCCGCCGCCGCGCCGGAGAACGGCCGGCCGCAGAGCCCGCAGGAGGAGGGCCCGGCGCCGCCGCCCCUCAUCAAGCGAACAGUCACUCAGGACGUACCCGGCGGCGCCGAGAGCGGUCCGCAGCCGGGCCGGCGGCCGCCGCGCAUCGAGCGACAGCCGUCCCCUGCACGGAACUCUGCCUCCAGCGUCAUCCACAUCCGUAACCUGGUGCGGCCGUUCACCGUGAACCAGCUGAAGGAGCUGCUGGCGCGCACGGGCAACAUCGCCGACUUCUGGAUCGACAACAUCAAGUCAAAGUGCUACUGCCAGUACGAGACAGAUGCCGAGGCGGUGGAGACGCGCACUGCGCUCCACGGCGUGCGCUGGCCGCCCUCCAACCCCAAGAAGCUCAUGGUCGACUUCUCGACGGCCGACGAGCUCGACUUCCACAAGGCGCUCACUGAACAGAUCCCCAGAAAGACGGAGCCGCUCAAGGUGGACCCGUACUUCGCCACGCGCCAGCAGGAGGAGCUGCGUGCAGAGACCGUCAGGGAGAAACGGCGCGAAUCGGUACGGGAGUGGGAUAAGGUGAAAAUCGGCGAGACCAGUCCCGGCGAGAAGGAGCGCGAGCGCGAGCGGCGCCGGAGAGAGCGCGAGGAGGAGACAGAGCGUCGGAAGCGGCGCAGCAGGAGCCCUGCCACAGCCGCCGACAAAGAGGAGCGCAAGGAGAAACGGCAGAAGGAGGAGGCGCCAGCCAAACUGCUGGACGACCUGUUCCGAAAGACCAAGGCGACGCCGUGCAUCUACUGGCUGCCGCUGACCGCCGAGCAGAUCGCCGAGAAGGAGCGGCAGCGCCGGCAGCGCAUGGCCGAGCGCCAGAAGCGGCUGGAGGCCAUCCAGGCAGCGUCGCGCCGCAGCCGCUCCCGGUCGCGGUCGGCCGAUCGGGACCGGGACCGCCGCAGGAGAUAGAGCGGCCGACCGCCAGCGCUCAGCGGACAACCGACGGCCGCCGUGCCGCGGAGACCACCCACCAGGGCCGCCGCCACGCACCGGCCUCGUCGGAGCACACCGUAAUGCCCGCGACAUCCCCCCCACCCCCCAGUUUGUUUUAUCCAUAGCGCGCAAGUGAGCGUGUGUCGAGUUUUUCGUAGCGUCGUCAGACGUUCCUGAACACAGGUAAGUUGUAGGUGGUCGCUUUUGAAUUGGGCGUGCGGCGAGAAGCCGUCGCCUUUUCCGAGUGCACUGGAGAUCACGAUUUCAGGUUUGAGUGCGAGAGUAGUCCACUGCCGGGGUUGGAGUGCUAGUCUGACUGGUCGGUCGGGUUGCCGCCGCGCCGAGGAGGUAAGCUGGUAUGACGCUGUUCGUUUUCAGGUGCACAUUGCUGGUCGUUCUGACGUCCGCUUCUCCGGCCAGUAGGUGCCGGGAGUGAGGGAGAGGCGUGCGCCAGACGUGUGUGACCGACGGGAAUGUGCGAGCCGGGAGCCCGGGAGGCGAGAGGCCAGAGAGAGUGAGAGAGAGGACUGAGGUGCGGCCGCGCACGGCCGGGCGAUGGGACACGAAUGUGUGUGGCUCGGCGGACUAUCAGUGCCGACGUACAACCAGUGAGCACACCGCAGUGCGCCCAGAGACGGACGGACAGAGAUGGCGCCACGCCGGCGCCCGGUCUCUGGGCUCGUCAUCGCACCGUUCGUCCGGCCCGCCACCGACCACCGCCGUCAUCCGUCAUCAGCAAGGGGCCACGCGCGCCGGCCGCCGCCGCCACCGCGCGGGCCGGCGCGCCGCCGGUCACCGUUCAUCCACCAGACACCUUCGUUCGUCAGUGGAUACUGCUCUAUUUACAUGAAAAUACACGUCAUAGUUCCAAACA